UUCCGCUGACGAUUUUUGAAUGUAAGGCGGUUGCUUUUAUUGCGAUUUACGGCACACAGCCAGGAUCAAAGUUUGUUAAAAUAUAACACAUUUCAUUUCUUUCAAAAGCUAUUCUCAUCAAACUACCGCUUGACAUGGAUCCUGCGUUUGCGAAACUGCUCAUUGGACGUACUGUCAGUAUAUGUCGCAGUAAUGGGAGAAUACACAGUGCCACAGUGAAAACUGUCGAUGUCACUAAAUCCGCAGUGAAUGUGGAAUGGUUUGAAGGUGGAAUGACCAAAGGAAAAGAGGUUGAACUAAAUGAACUUGAGCAACUCAAUUCUGACCUCACACAACUUAGGCAACUUCAACCAUGUCAUCAAGAAGAGCCUGUAUCUGGCCCAAAUACUGCACCUGUGAUGAAAAUUACAAGAAGUACCAGAGCAUCAGAACUUCCUCUGAAGUCAUCAAGAAUACCUGCAGCAUCAGAAGUUACUCAGGAUUUAUCAUCUGAAGAGCCAGCCACCAGAAGGAUGACCACACGUCAGACAUGUUCAUUCCGUCACCCUGCCCUCCCACCUGCAAUCCCAACAGCAUCAGAGGAACGUCUCUCUCAAGAUCUUCCCUUAUCUACAGUCCCCAAACCUUUAGGCUACCAGAGGCGACUUCUUUCCAAACCAGCGUCUCCUCUGCUACCAGCAGCUGAGGCUAUAUGUGAGAGUGAGGCAUCCAAAUGUGCUCCCAUGGGUCCACCAAAAAUCGAGACUCCUCAGACCAGGCAACAUUUUUCCAGUCUUCAAAGGUCCAAUUUUGGCCGUCGUGUGUCUCAAAUGUCGGAGACGAACAAAGUGGCAAACAAACGGCUGUCAAUUGCAAGACACCCUGAGCCACAGAAAAAAGGAAAGUUUGGAGAUGCAUGUCGGCCUAACAAGCAGUUUUACCAGAUGAUUGAGGAAUACAGAGAGAACCUGGUGAAAGUGCCCAUGUCUUUGUCUGAUCCGGUGAAACCUCAAAGAAUAUGUGUCUGCGUUCGCAAACGCCCUCUGAAUAAAAAAGAGCUGGCCAAGAAAGAGAUUGAUGUGAUCACCAUCCCUGGUAAUGGAGUCAUGCUGUUACAUGAACCCAAGCAGAAAGUGGACCUGACCAAGUACCUAGAGAAUCAGACUUUUCAUUUCGAUUACUCAUUCGAUGAAGACGCCACCAAUGACUUGGUGUACAGGUUCACUGCUAAACCUCUGGUUAAGACUGUUUUUGAAGGUGGUAUGGCAACGUGCUUUGCAUAUGGUCAAACAGGCAGUGGAAAGACCCAUACAAUGGGUGGAGACUUUUCUGGAAAGAGUCAGAACAGCUCUAAAGGGAUCUACGCCCUGGCAGCACAGGAUGUGUUUGCCCUCCUGAGGCAAAAGCGAUAUGCCGAUAUGGACCUUUGCCCGUAUGUGACCUUUUUUGAGAUCUACAACGGAAAGGUGUUCGAUUUGCUGAAUAAGAAAGCAAAGCUACGUGUUCUGGAGGAUGAUAAACAGCAGGUCAAUGUCGUUGGCCUGCAGGAAGUGCCUGUGUUAUCUGUUGAAGAUGUCAUUAAGAUGAUUGAGCGGGGAAGUGCAUGCAGAACGUCUGGCCAGACGUUUGCCAACUCCAGCUCUUCACGUUCACAUGCGGUGUUGCAGGUAAUCCUGAGGCGGCGGAAUAUCCUUCACGGGAAGUUUUCUCUGGUGGACCUUGCCGGAAAUGAGCGUGGUACUGAUGUCAGCAACAACGACCGGCACACCAUAGUGGAGACCGCAGAGAUCAACCGCAGCCUACUGGCUUUGAAGGAAUGUAUCCGGUCUUUGGGUCAGAACAGUGAACACAUCCCAUUUAGGAUGAGCAAACUCACCCAGGUGCUUCGGGAUUCCUUCAUUGGAGAAAACUCCAGGACCUGUAUGAUUGCAAUGAUCUCGCCGGGAAUGGGCUCUUGUGAAUACACUCUGAACACACUACGUUAUGCAAACAGGGUGAAAGAACUUAAUGGAGUGUCCAAGGUACCAUCAGUAGGGAAUGGUUCAAACCUAGAGCUUUCUGGAGAGGAAGAAGAAUCUUCAGAGGACGAGUCUGUUCUUCCUGCAUUUGAGGCUGUUUCUCAGGUGGCUGAUCUGGAAGAGAGGUUUUAUGAGGAACUGAAGGGAUGCAACGAGAUUGCCUCGUCUAUGGAAUGUCCCUCAUUUGAUAUUGUAGUGAAUUUACCACAGAUUGAUACAUUCAUGAGGAAAAUACAAGAAUCAUACCAGGCUUUGAGAUCAGCCAUUGAAGCAGAACAGAGAGUCAGGAUGUCACCCAAAUAAAUACAAUAUAAGGUUCAGCGGUGAAAAACAACAACAACUAAUAAAUAUAUUAAUGUUAUUUCAAUUUGACAUUUUAGUAAUCUUAUCUGUCGUGUAGCUAGUUUCAUAUUUGUGUUUGUUCGUUUUAAUCUUCUUUGUCUACUAAAUAAAGGUUCCCUCCUUUUGAAUCUUGUAAAUCACAU